AAUGAAAAUGCAGGCAGAGAAAAUGAUAAUGACCGGACUCUAAUGACGGUACCUAGAAUGGCUGAUCAUUCAGGUAUAUGGGCCAAGCCAGAUAGUGAGAAUUAUAUUCAGUGCAUUGAUCAGUCAAAACACAAAAAGUUGGACGAAAAGACGAAUGGUUACCUUCUGAUAAACGCAAAUGGUGGCUUAAAUCAGAUGAGAUUUGGGAUCUGUGACAUGGUUGCUGUUGCUAAAGUCAUGAAGGCAACUCUUGUUCUUCCCUCCCUCGAUCACACUUCUUACUGGGCUGACGAGAGUGGCUUUAAAGAUCUAUUUGACUGGGAACACUUUAUUCAGACAUUGAAAGAUGAUAUUCACAUAGUUGAGGCACUACCACCUGAAUAUGCUGGAAUUGAACCGUUCAACAAAACACCCAUUUCCUGGUCUAAGGUCAGCUAUUACAAGUCAGAAGUUGCCCCACUUCUGAAGCAGCAUAAAGUGAUCUACUUUACUCAUACCGAUUCCCGGCUUGCCAACAAUGGUCUUCCAAACUCCAUACAAAAGCUAAGAUGCCGUGUGAAUUAUAGAGCUUUGAAGUACUCAACCCAAAUUGAAGAAUUAGGGAAAACUUUCGUGUCAAGAAUACGAUACAAUGGAAGUCCUUACCUUGCUCUCCACUUGAGAUAUGAGAAGGAUAUGCUGGCUUUCACAGGAUGCAGUCACAAUUUGACAGCAGAAGAAGAUGAGGAACUUCGUAAGAUGCGAUACGAGGUGAGCCAUUGGAAGGAAAAAGAGAUCGAUGCAGUAGAGAGAAGAAAGGUUGGUGGAUGCCCUUUGACACCCAGGGAGACGGCCCUUUUGCUUCAGGGGCUAGGAUAUCCAUCCAACACUAGGAUUUACUUGGUUGCUGGUGAAGCUUAUGGAAAUGGGAGUAUGCAAUAUCUCACGGAGAGCUUCCCAAAUAUCUUCUCCCAUUUGACUUUAUCAUCUGAGGAAGAACUAAAUCCUUUCAGAAAUCACCAGAAUAUGUUAGCUGGGUUGGACUAUGUAGUUGCUCUUGAGAGUGAUGUUUUUGUAUACACCUAUGAUGGUAAUAUGGCAAAAGCAGUACAAGGUCAUCGGCGCUUUGAGGAUUUCAAGAAAACUGUCAAUCCAGACAGGAUGAAAUUUGUAAAGUUAGUUGAUGAUCUUGAUGAAGGGGUAAUGUCCUGGAAAAAAUUCAGUUCUAAGGUAAAAAAACUUCACAAGGAUCGCAUUGGAGCCCCCUAUCCAAGGGAGCCUGGCGAAUUCCCAAAGCUAGAAGAGAGCUUUUAUGCAAAUCCGCUUCCUGGCUGUAUUUGUGAAAAAAGCCGAAAGAUAGAAGAGGUUCGACUCAACAGGUUUUGCUGA